GUUUAGUGUUCUCUUAAGCUUCUCAAUGGCCACAUUUGCACUCAAAUCCUUCACCGGACUCCGCCACUCCUCAACAGACCACACAACUCUCCUCUCCCAUGCCCCAUCGUCCCUCUCCCGCUCCCAACGACGCACCUCUCUCAAAGUAACCGCAUCCCGAGCCUCUCCCAAACUCUCCAACCGCAACCUCCGCGUCGCCGUCAUCGGCGGAGGCCCAGCAGGAGGAGCCGCCGCGGAGACUCUCGCCCAAGGAGGCAUCGAAACAAUCCUCAUCGAGCGUAAAAUGGACAACUGCAAGCCCUGCGGCGGGGCCAUACCUCUCUGCAUGGUCGGAGAAUUCAACUUACCCUUAGACAUCAUCGACAGGAGAGUCACCAAGAUGAAGAUGAUCUCCCCCUCCAACAUCGCCGUUGAUAUCGGCCGUACGCUUAAGGAGCAUGAGUAUAUAGGGAUGGUGAGGAGAGAGGUUCUUGAUCAGUAUCUGAGAGAGAGAGCUGAGAAGAGUGGAGCUACUGUGAUCAACGGUUUGUUCUUGAAGAUGGAUUUGCCUGAGGAUUGGGACUCGCCGUAUGUGUUGCAUUACACGGAGUAUGAUGGGAAGACGGGAGCUACGGGACAGAAGAAGACGAUGGAGGUUGAUGCUGUUAUUGGAGCUGAUGGAGCUAACUCUAGAGUUGCUAAGUCUAUUGGUGCUGGAGAUUAUGACUAUGCCAUCGCGUUUCAGGAGAGAAUCAGAAUCCCUGAUGAUAAGAUGACGUACUACGAGGAUCUAGCCGAGAUGUACGUCGGAGAUGACGUGUCGCCAGACUUUUACGGAUGGGUUUUCCCUAAAUGCGACCAUGUAGCUGUAGGAACAGGAACCGUUACACACAAAGGUGACAUCAAGAAGUUCCAGCUCGCGACAAGAAACAGAGCCAAGGACAAGAUUCUUGGAGGCAAGAUCAUCCGCGUGGAGGCUCACCCUAUUCCUGAACACCCUCGACCACGCAGGCUCUCGAAACGUGUGGCUCUUGUUGGCGAUGCUGCAGGGUACGUUACUAAAUGCUCCGGUGAAGGUAUCUAUUUCGCUGCAAAGAGUGGAAGAAUGUGUGCUGAAGCUAUUGUUGAAGGUUCACAGAACGGUAAGAAGAUGAUUGAUGAGAGUGACUUGAGGAAGUACUUGGAGAAAUGGGACAAGACGUACUUACCUACGUACAGGGUUCUUGAUGUGUUGCAGAAAGUGUUUUACAGAUCCAAUCCAGCUAGAGAAGCGUUUGUGGAGAUGUGUGGCGAUGAGUAUGUUCAGAAGAUGACGUUUGAUAGUUAUCUCUACAAGAGGGUUGCACCUGGUAGUCCUUUGGAGGAUUUGAAGUUGGCUGUGAACACCAUUGGGAGUGUGUUUAGAGCUAAUGCUCUAAGGAGAGAGAUUGAGAAGCUAAAUGUUUAAGCUAUAAUGAAUGUCUGUCCUUAAAAAUAUUUUAUGUUUUUCGGUUUAUUGAAUGAUUAGUCAAAAAAGUAUUUGGUUUUACAAUCCAAAAAUCCCUUAAAUAAAAUCAGAUUUUUCAC